UUGAGCUCGCUCUGCGCGCGCACAGGUCGCUCGGGGUUCGGGAUGGCGACUCUAGUUCUGCAUGGUGUGUUCCGGGUCCAGGUUCGGGACCUGGUCCGGGUCCUGGUCUGGUUCUUGGUUCUGGACGCAGUCAGUCCGCUGUUCCCCCGGGAGUCCGGGUCCAGGGAACUGAAGGAGCUCAACGGGAUCUGGACCUUCAGGGCAGACCGGUCCCCCAACAGGAACCAGGGCUUCGAGGACGGAUGGUUCCGACGGAGGCUGGCGGAGACCGGACCAGUCAUCGAGAUGCCGGUUCCUGCCAGUUACAACGACAUUACCCAGGAUUCCACGCUGAGGGACUUCAUCGGCUGGGUGUGGUAUGAGCGGGAGGUGCUGGUUCCAGCCCGAUGGGUCCAAGACCAAGGCCUGAGGCUGGUUCUGAGGGUCGGGAGCGCCCACUAUUACUCCAUGGUGUGGGUCAACGGGGUGAAGGUGAUGGAGCACGAAGGCGGCCAUCUUCCCUUCGAGGCUGAGAUUGGCACCGUUCUGAGGAAGGACCCAGGUUCCGGGUGCAGGAUCACCAUUGCCGUCAACAACACCCUGACCCUGCAGACGCUGCCCCCGGGGGUCAUCAUGCACUUCAACGACCCCACCAGGUAUCCUGAAGGUUACUUUGUGCAGAACAUCUACUUCGACUUCUUCAACUACGCUGGGAUCCAUCGUCCGGUUCUUCUGUACACCACGCCCAGAGUGUACGUGGACGACAUCACCGUGGUUACUGACUUCAGUGACAACACAGGUUUCGUCAGUUACGUCGUCUCAGUGGGCGGGGCUUCCACGUCCACGGUCAAAGUGACGCUGAUGGAUAAAGAUGGUCAGUGCGUGGCGUCGUCCACGGGGUUGACGGGCGUCCUUAAAGUGGUGGAUGUGAACCUGUGGUGGCCGUACCUGAUGCACCAGAACCCGGGUUACCUGUACUCCAUGGAGGUCCGAGUGACGGCGUCGGAUGAGAAGUCAACGUACGAGGACGUUUACACUCUGCCUGUUGGAAUCCGUACGGUCAACGUCACCAAGUCACGUUUCCUUAUCAACAACAAACCAUUUUUUUUCAACGGAGUCAAUAAACAUGAGGACGCAGACAUCCGGGGUAAAGGUCUGGACUGGCCCCUGAUGGUCAAAGACUUCAACCUGCUCAAGUGGUUGGGCGCCAACUCGUUCAGAACCAGCCACUACCCCUACGCCGAGGAGAUCCUGCAGAUGAGUGACCGCCACGGCAUCGUGGUCAUCGACGAGUGUCCGGGGGUCGGAAUCAAAGACAUUCGUAGUUUUGGAAACGCCUCCCUGUCCCAUCACCUGUCCGUCAUGGACGAGCUGGUGCGUCGGGACAAGAACCAUCCCUCCGUGGUCAUGUGGUCGGUGGCCAAUGAGCCGGCGGCGGAGAUGCCUCCAGCAGACUUCUACUUCAAGACUUUAAUCAAACACACCAAAGACCUGGACCAAACCAGACCUGUGACCUUCAUCACCGACAGUAACUACGCCAGAGACAAAGGGGCUCCAUACGUGGAUGUGAUCUGUGUCAACAGUUACUUCUCGUGGUACCAUGACCCCGGUCACCCUGAGGUCAUCCCCAUCCAACUCAACACCCAGUUUGAGAACUGGUAUGGAAAGUACCAGAAGCCCAUCAUCCAGAGCGAGUACGGGGCGGAUGCCGUGGCAGGACUUCACAGCGAUCCACCAGUCAUGUUUACGGAGGAGUACCAGACCGCCGUCCUGAGGCGCUACCACGGCGUCUUCGACCAGAAGAGGAAGGAGUACGUGGUGGGAGAACUCAUCUGGAACUUCGCAGACUUCAUGACGGCUCAAGGAAUCACCCGGGUGGUGGGGAAUAAGAAGGGGAUCUUCACGCGGCAGCGCCAGCCCAAGGCGGCGGCGUUCACCCUGAGGGAGCGCUACUGGAGCCUGGCUAAUCAGACGGGGAUGCUGCCUCCGUGGACCAGGUACCCCUGCUCCCUGUGACCUGGGGUCCGACCUGGACCCCAGGAGGUUCUACUCUAUGGACCAACGAGGACCAGAUGAGGUGGAUUUGGGAUCUGGUCCAGUGCUGAGCUCAUGCCUUUGAUGGGGGUCAUAAAUUCAGGACUGAUUAGUUUUGACCUUUGUCUUGUCUCAGCUGAUGUGAAAACAGACAUCACAUCCAAGAACAGAUGAUGCCUUCAGGUGCUGUCGGGAAAAUGAGCUUUUCCACUUGUGAAUUCUAAGUUACCGGUGCGUUGUGUUCAAGUGCUUUUGUUUUCUUAGUGAAAUGAAAAAUGUCUGAAACAGUUUACGGACCUGAUACUGUGUUUAGGACAUGUUCAUUCAACUAAUGCAGCACUUUUUACUGUUUUUAGUCUUUUUUUUUUUUUGCAAAUUAAUUUAAAAAAUGAAUAAAAAAACUGACAAAAAUAAUACGAAACAGGAGCAAAAUAGGCCGCAAACUGAAUGAAACUGAAAAAAAACCCCAAAACAUCGAGUUUGAUAAACAACAGUAGAUGGAAAUAUGUUUUUUUUAAAUUAUAUAUAUUAAAUACUAAAUCAAAUGAACAAAAAACAACAAAAUAAUAAGUAACAUGAAAAAACAAGCAAAAAAAUGACUGAAAU